AAAUGAAACAAAUUUUUGUGAAAUGGGAUGAUUUUUGUUAAUGUGCACAGAUAAUUUUCUCUGUUUGGCAUUUGGUUGGUUGAUACCGAACAUACUGACACCCGCACGCAUUAAGUGUAUCAGAUUGCUUAAUGUUGUAAAUAAAUUGGCCACUGAAAAAAAUCUCACACUUCAGUUUACAUUUAAACGCGAAAGAAAUUGGUUCAACACAUAAACGGCUGUUCGAUUGAUUCAAUUAAAACUCAUUAAUCAAGUGUUUUGGUUUGCGUGUGUUACAUUGUGUAAUUCGAAGAGAUUUUUAAAAAAAGGACACGCGCUUUUCGUUCAAAACAGUUCCUUUUCGUUGAGUACCGUGUUUUUUUUUUACCGAAACGUGUUCUUUUCAAAAGGAUGUCUUUUGAUCAGGAAUUAAUUAGCAUGAGUCCCGAAGAUGUUUUAUCGGUCGAUUCGCAAAAGGCGAAACGUUUUCUUCGUACGCCCAAGUGUGCAAGGUGUCGAAAUCAUGGUGUCAUCUCAUGCUUGAAAGGUCACAAAAAAUUAUGUCGAUGGCGAGAGUGUGUUUGUCCCAAUUGCCAACUGGUUGUAGAACGGCAACGCAUCAUGGCAGCUCAGGUGGCCCUAAGACGUCAGCAAACCUCUCAAGAUAUAAAAGGGAUUGUUGAUAUAGCAAAAGCCCAUUCGAUGGAAAAACUAUUGGCACAAAAGCGGGUCUAUCAAAAGCAUUUACGCAACUUACAACAAUCAACACUUGCACGGAACAUUUUACAAGGCUACAAACGAUGCCCUAUGUACGUGUCACCAUUAACGGAACGAAUGCGAAAAGCAUUCGCUGACAAUGAAUUAGAGAAUACCUCACAUUUGUUUUCGUUGCCGCCGCCGCCGCCACAGCCACCAUCAUCUUCUUCAUCUGUCAGCAAUUUAUCAUCACCAUACACACACUUGACGAUACCAACGGUGUCGCUAACCAUGCAUUCACCUAGUGUCAUCGACUACAAUACAAUACAACAAUCGAUGAGAACAAACGAUUGCGAAACGGUCGAAUACAUGCGAAAUACAUCACCAAUUCACCUACCACUAACGCCCACAUCCACAUCAUCGUCGUUAUCAACUUCAACAAUGGACAGUUAUCGAUCGAGCACAGAAGCAUCACCGAAACGAAUUCGAAUAAUUGAUGAUGCCAAACUUGCCAAUAUGGAAAACAAUGAGUCGCUGAUUUAUAAUCUUUCGACAAACGAUGCUAACAACCACCAUUGUAUCGGCAACAGCACAAAACCAAAACUUUCGUUUUCCAUUGAGUCUAUUAUUGGGAUUAAAUAAAACUUAUCACGUAGGCAAAGCCAUGCACAGUUUUCAUCUCUCUCAA